CACACGCAUAGAGGAUGAUGAGAUACUGGUAUCAUUCGACGUAGUCUCUUUAUUUCCCAGUAUUCCAAUAAACCUGGCAAUCAAGACUAUAGACAGAAAAUGGCAUAUGUUAGAAGAACAUACGAAAAUACCUAGAGAAUUAUUUAUGGAUAUAUUGACGUUUUGUAUAAAAGAUUGCAGAUAUUUUAAGUUUAAGGACAACUUUUAUGAACAAAACAAGGGCAUGCCUAUGGGAUCCCCAAUUUCCCCAAUAAUUGCCGAUAUAGUCAUGGAGGAACUAUUGGAAACAACCCUUGAUCAAUUGGAAAACAAACCAAGAUUAAUGACGAAAUAUGUGGACGACCUAUUCGGAAUUUUGAAAAAAGAUCAAGUGGAAAUUACUUUGAGAACCCUAAAUGCCUUUCAUAGACGUAUACAAUUUACGUUGGAGAAGGAAAUAGACAACAGAUUACCGUAUUUGGAUUCAAUAAUUAUUAGAAGAGGGAAUAUGAUUAAGUUGGACUGGUAUCAAAAACCGAUGGCGUCGGGAAGGCUUAUCAAUUUCUAUUCAAAACAUCCUAAGAGAAUAAUUAUGAAUACUGCGACAAAUUUCAUCACAAGAGUAUUGGACACCAGCAACACGGAAUUUCAUAAGAAUAACCUUAGUAAAAUUAAGAAUAUUUUACUCAAAAACGACUUCCCAUACAAGACGAUAAACCAUUUGAUAGACAACGUUUUAAAUAAGGAGAAUAGGGAAAAGAGCGAACCAUCGAGGAAAAUAUACCAAUCAGUGGAAUAUAUCUCAGGACUAUCCGAGAGAAUAAAACAUUCGGACAUAUAUGACAAAGAAAAAUAUACACUGGCAAUGAAGACGAAUAAUACAACAUAUAAAUUAUUUAAUAACAUGAAGUCCAAAUUAGAUAAACUAGAUAAAUCCAAUCUAGUGUAUGAAAUUAAAUGUAAUGGUGACGAAACCAACAUAUGCCAAAAGGUAUAUGUUGGUACAACGAAAACAAAACUGAGGACAAGAUUAUCAUCGCACAAAUCAGAUUUAAGAACACUUGACAAACCAUUAAAUCAAAAAACAGCCCUCGCUGCCCACUGUGCAAUAACUGGACACCAACCAGACUUUGAAAAAGUGAGAAUAUUAGCUGGAGAGAACAAUCACACAAAACGUUACUUACAAGAGAUGCUCCACAUUAUAAAUACACCAACAGAAAAGAGAAUAAAUUACAAAACAGAUACUGACAACUGCGCUCACAUUUAUCGACAUACAAUAAAUAAAUACAGAAACAAUAAACAAAAGAAUAAAAUCAAAACAGUCAGUCAUAGAAGAUCAAAACAUAAACAACAGACGACACUGCAUUAAAAUUAAAUAACUUUCCCUGAAGAUGACCAACGAAGUUGGUCGAAAUAUUGGAAACCACAAUAAAUAUUAAUUAAACUAAGAACAAAAAAGAGUUUUUAAUUUUUAAUAUUUAUUUAAUGAAAAGACCUCAAGCCGAACAAACCCAACAUUUCUGAAAACAACCAAAAGGUCUAG